UAUUUUCGAACACAAUUGUCAAGAAAUGUUUGGACUAUAACAAAUGGAGUCGUGUUUGAUACAUUUUUGUUACUUCCCUUUUUAAUUUUUAUUUUAACAAAUGCUUUGACUAUUUCCUGCAUGGUUCACAUUAACAAGCAGCUGUACAGAAACUAAAGAGGGAAUGCUGGUUAAUCAUUAACACAAUGUAACAAAGAUUUCUACUUGGAGAGUGAAAGUAUAUAUUUCCAGUUAGAGCUGUGGAGAUCUGUCGUAUAACAGGCAGGGCAGAACCAGGGCCCUCCUCUCUUUACCUCUCAAAUAAGGAAGUUCAGAGCCUAGCUAGUAGCAGCUUCCUUUUACAGCUUUCAGGGGCAGAGGAUGAACAAGUGAACAAAAAGACUUCUGAAGUACGCACCAUGAAAAGAUGAAAUAGCUACUUCGGUUUGCUAUCAUACUGUUGGAGAGCAGAGGCAAAACUCUUGAGCUCAGGCUCCCCGGGGAGAAACAGGAUGCCGAGUUAUCAACCAUGGUGCCAUGGUACAAUAAGUCGAUCCAAAGCUGAGGAUCUACUUUCCAAAGCAGCAAGAGAUGGAAGCUUCCUUAUCCGGGCUAGUGAGUCCAUACAGGGAGCGUAUGCUCUCUGUGUUCUAUACCAGAACUGUGUGUACACAUACAGAAUCCUGCCAAAUGAGGAUAAGAAGCUCUCUGUCCAGGCAUCAGAAGGAGUUCCUAUCAGGUUCUUCUCUGUGCUCACUGAGCUGGUGGAGGCAUAUUACAGUCCCAACAUGGGUCUGGUCACUCAUCUGCAGUACCCUGUCCAUAGGGAGGAGGAGGUAGACGAGGAGCAAGAAUCCCAGAUUCUUCCACCGCAGCUUCCACCCAGGAACUUCGCUGGCAACGAUGUGAGAGAAAGUGACUCCAUGUCCCUAUCAGAAACCUACCUGAUGAGACUGCAGCAUAUGGACUUGUCCACAAUACCAGAGGAGCAUCAACUGGCUAUCCAAGAAUACUUCCGGACCUCAGUCAGCCUGGAUGCUGAACAAGUGCACAAUGGUUUCCCUAACCUUCCUGGGCUAAAUAAGCUAACAAUGGCAAUCUGCAAGAAUCUAAACAGUGAAAUAUCCUGCAUCCUGCCAGUUUUGGAGAUCUUUCAUAGAACGUUGGACCAACAGCUCUCCCCGGGGAUUGGACUAAAACAAAUCUCCGGCGAUUUAGGUCAAUCGGUACCCUUUAGGCUUGAGCAACUGACAAAACUGCUUUACUCAAUAGAAGAUAAGGCUAAAAGCUCAAUGUUUGAAUCUGUUGGGUGUGAAGGAGGUCACAGGAAAUCUCUCAUACCGCUUGUUACGUUUGAGGUCAAGCAAGAAUCUCUGGGUAUUUCCAUGAAGAUGUUCCUGAAAGUAGAUGUUGAAAGUGGGAAGCUCUACUUAAAGAAGUCAAAAGAUGGGCCUGAAGACAAGUUUUUCGUGCACAACAAAAUCCUGCAGUUGGUGAAAUCUCAGAAAAUGCAUGCCAAACUGGUGAUCGUGGCGGAGACGGAGAAAGAGAAAAUUCUGCGGAGAGAGUUUGUUUUUGAUGACACAAAGAAAAGGGAAGGAUUUUGCCAACUUCUUCAACAAAUGAAGAACAAGCACUCUGAAAAGCCUGAACCAGACAUGAUCACAGUGUUUGUUGGCACCUGGAACAUGGGAAAUGCUGGUCCUCCCCACAACAUUGACUCCUGGUUUCAGUGCAAGGGCCAAGGGAAGACCCGAGACGACACUGCAGACCACAUCCCACAUGAUUUCUACGUUAUCGGAACACAGGAGGAUCCCCUGGGCGAGAGGGAGUGGGCAGACACAGUGAAAAGCGUCCUGAGGAAAAUCACAAACAUCACUUUUAAACAAGUGGCGACCCACACUCUGUGGAACAUUCGGAUUGUGGUCCUGGCCAAGCCUGAGCACGAAAACAGGAUCUCCCACGUUUUCUCAGACAGCGUGAAGACGGGGAUUGCCAACACUCUGGGUGAGCAAUCCAUUGUCGGUUUUCGUGUUGAAAUGGACCAGCUGUGA